CAGACGUCCAAUAGAAUAGAAUAGACAGUGAUAAGUCAAAGAUUAAAAGAACGUACAAUGAAAAUAAUUUUGGAUUUACAAGGCUUCCAGAGUUAUGGGAAUGAAUUUAUUCUAAAAGAAAUUGGUGCUCUUAUCAUUGAUGGAGCUGAGGAAGGAGACGAUCAACCGAUCAGUAUACUCUUCGAAGCCCCCUGCGACUGGAAUUUGCUCAGUCCGAAGUACAAGUGGACGAACAGCUGGUUGACAUCCAAUCACCAUGGCUUAGCUUGGGUAGCUGGUGAUAAACCGUACGAGCAAGCCAAGGAUGUGCUUCAGGGACUGCUGAAUGGUGUGAGUCACAUCAUUAUGAAAGAUGGGAAAUCUGAAAGAUAUGAAAGCUGAGGACAUCGCAGUUCUUCCGAAAGUUCUACUGCUUCGUUUAUCUGAGAAGGAGAUCGAUGAGAUUUGGGAGAAACUUCCAGAAAAAUUGAAGUCAGAUCGGGAAAUUGCCAACUGUCGAAGAUGUCGCAGUCAUGACAACUCAAUCUAUAACGAUGUGGAUGGAUACGAUGGAGUGAUACCGAUGAUUAAAAAUUGUCACAUCUGUAAAUAUUUCCAUAAAAGUUGAUUGGCUCAUCAUUAUAAGAAGAAUGUAUUAUUCCACUAAUUGUUCUCAAAUAAAACAGUAAAAAAAUGUUCAUUGAUAAAAUG